UGUAGUCUAGUCUGUCUAGUUCUAGAGCCAAUGACAUCUCGCGGUACCUGCACUCUGCUUUAUUCCACCGCCGACAAAACUGGGAAAGGUGUCAGACGGAGUGAAGUAAAUUUCGGACACUUUGGACAGCCCAUCUAAGGCUCAAGAAAAUACACCUACUAAUCAACAGAAAUAUAUGCAUAAGGCCUGCAGUAAACGUUACAACAGAUAAAUUGGAACAAGGACGAGUGACGUCGUUGGUAGAAACCCUAUGCUAGCCUGUUAGCUUGCUAACAAAGAAAAACCUUUUCUCAGUAGAAGUAAUCCUCACCAUUCACUCUUUAGUUAUGAGUCAUGUGGUCGUCGACAAUACACACGGUCUAGAGCAGCAGGCAAAUUUGUUUUUUCAGCUUGCUGUCCUAGACUUGAACUCUGCGGACAUACAGGGAGGUGGCACUGGCAGGCGUUACAUUCCGCCUCACUUGAGAAACAAAGAGGCUUCUAAAAAUGCAGGAAUUGCUUUUCCCUCUGGUAGACAGAGCGGUUAUUCAAUGCCACCCGUAAGGAGCUGUUACCCAAGAUUCCAAUCCCAGGAGAUUGCCUAUUAUCAGAACUACAGUGCUGGCUGGACAGAGCGAUGUGACUCCCCAGGAUGGGAUGGUGGACGCACCAACGGCUUUGUAAAUGGCUACCAUGACAACCGCAUGAAUGGCGACCGUGGCUUUGGGCGCGGGCCCCCUCGCCAGGACCGGGGUGGGCGCGGCAGCUUCAGGGGCAACCGCGGAGGCACCUUCCAGCAGCCCAUGCACAACGCAGUCCCCUACGGAUAUGAACAGAAAGAUGGCGGCUGGAACGCUGGAGUCCAAAGAGACGCCUACAGCAGUUUUGGAGGCGCUCAGCGCGGCAAGUCUGCCUUCUUCAACGACAGAGGCGCUGGGGCCAGGGGAAGGUAUGACCGCGGGGGCUUCACUGCUGGAGGGAAUAGCCGCUGGGUGGAGGAGUCUAGGGAUGAGGAGGACUGGUCCAAGCCCACCUCCCCCAACGAGCGCCUGGAACAUGAGCUGUUCUCUGCCAGCAACACAGGAAUUAACUUUGAGAAGUAUGACGACAUCCCCGUGGAAGCCACUGGCAACAAUUGCCCUCCUAACAUCGACAGUUUCCAUGACGUGGACAUGGGGGAGAUCAUCAUGGGCAACAUCACGCUGAGCCGCUACACCCGGCCCACCCCCGUGCAGAAGUACGCCAUCCCCAUCAUCAAGGUCAAGAGAGAUCUGAUGGCCUGCGCACAGACAGGCUCUGGGAAGACGGCUGCCUUCCUGCUGCCCAUCCUCAGCCAGAUCUACACCGAGGGCCCCGGAGAGGCUCUGCAGGCCGCCAAGAACAGCGGACAGGAUAACGGCAAGUACGGCCGCCGUAAGCAGUACCCCAUCUCUCUGGUGCUGGCCCCCACUCGGGAGCUGGCCCUGCAGAUCUACGAUGAAGCCCGUAAGUUUGCCUACCGCUCCCGCGUGCGCCCGUGCGUGGUUUACGGAGGGGCCGACAUCGGGCAGCAGAUCCGCGACCUGGAGAGAGGCUGCCACCUGCUGGUGGCCACGCCCGGACGCCUGGUGGACAUGAUGGAAAGGGGCAAGAUCGGACUCGACUACUGCAACUACCUGGUGCUGGAUGAGGCCGAUCGCAUGCUGGACAUGGGCUUCGAGCCGCAGAUCCGCCGCAUUGUGGAGCAGGACACCAUGCCCCCCAAAGGGGUGCGCCACACCAUGAUGUUCAGCGCCACCUUCCCCAAGGAGAUCCAGAUCCUGGCGCGUGACUUCCUGGAGGAAUACAUCUUCCUGGCGGUGGGCCGCGUGGGCUCCACCUCCGAGAACAUCACCCAGAAGGUUGUGUGGGUGGAGGAGAGUGACAAGCGCUCCUUCCUGCUCGACCUGCUCAAUGCAACCGUCAUUCCCAGUGAGGUUCAGGAAAAUGCAGGCGAAGCCCCAGAGAGACCCGGUAAAGACUCGCUGACGCUGGUGUUUGUGGAGACCAAGAAGGGAGCCGAUGCCCUGGAGGACUUUCUGUACCGUGAGGGCUAUGCCUGCACCAGUAUCCAUGGCGACCGUUCCCAGAGGGACCGCGAGGAGGCGCUGCACCAGUUCCGCUCUGGGCGCUGUCCCAUCAUGGUCGCCACCGCUGUUGCUGCCCGUGGACUUGAUAUCAGCAAUGUGAAGCACGUCAUCAACUUUGACCUGCCCAGUGACAUUGAGGAGUACGUCCACCGUAUUGGCCGUACUGGGCGCGUGGGCAACCUUGGGCUGGCCACGUCCUUCUACAACGACAAGAACAGCAACAUCACCAAGGACCUGCUGGACAUCCUGGUGGAGUCCAAGCAGGAGGUGCCCACCUGGCUGGAGAGCCUGGCCUACGAGCACCAGCACAAGAGCAGCAACCGCGGACGCUCCAAGAGGUUCUCUGGAGGCUUUGGUGCCAGGGACUACAGGCAGAUGUCUGGAGGUGGCAACACUUUUGGCGCCCGCGGCGCCCGCAACCCUGGGCAUGGUGGAAACCGUGGGUUCGGAGGCAAUAAAGGUGGCUUUGGGAGCUUUGGCAACGAUGGCUACGGUGGGAGCUACGGGGGAAGCUAUGGGGGCAACUACGGUGGACAGGUGGACUGGUGGGGCAACUAGAGCAUAGCAGCGACUCGCCCAUCAGCAGGGGUCAUCACCAUGCCAAAACACCAUAGCAAGAAAAUUAAAAAAAAAAGAAAAUGGGAAACCACAUGUUUUAAAAGGAAAACAAAAAAACAAACAAGAACAAAGAACUAAAACCUAGCCAGACCAUACUCCCUGCCCUUCCCAGCUUCUCCUCCUCUUCCCCUCAGCCCUCUUGUGUGUAGCUUGAAGAUCUCGCAGUUGUGUCAUCACCACCUGUGAAUUUCAUUUCCUCACGCCUCUCGGAGGGAGCCUGCUGAGAAGUCAAGGAGGCCACGGUCCACCUGACCAAAAAAAGAAUACGGGAGCAUGACCUCCCACAACAAGCCCCACCUGGCCCCCACCACCCCUGCCCACCCAUUUUUUGAAAGGGAUGCCUACACACAGGUGUCCACUUUAGAAUCUGGGACUUAUGUGUAUUUUUGUUUGUUUUAAUUAUUGUUAUUAUUUUAAUUUUUCCCAACUGCACUUUUAUUUUUUCUUUCUUCAUAUGAAAAAAUAACAGAGGAAAUGAAAAAAAGAAACACACACACACACGCACACACCACAACAAAAUAACCUGAGGAUCAUUCAUAAUGUUGAUGUACUGUGCCUUUCAAUUUAGACAGGAAUAUCUAUAUUUUUGUGUGUGUGUGUUGAUGUCAUUUCACCAAAAUGAACUCGGCCAAGAGCUCAAUUUGUUGACCGUUCUGAAGGCAUAAGAAACGUUUGUACCUUAGUCAAACCUUGGCAAACACUAGGAUGAUGCGACUCACCCAUGUCGCAAUUUCAUUCGAACCAAAAAAAAAAGAGAGAGGCAAACAUAAAUUUACCACAAGGAUAUCAUGCAGGCCUGCAAACAGGCUCGUUCACAUAUGGCUUACAGAACCACCCUAAGUGUUUGUUGAAAACAAACAAACAAUAGGUGGCGAUUCCUUGUGCGGUAACCUUGUUUUAAGAGACGGGUUCUCUGUAAGAAUUUUUUUGUUUUUGCUCACUCUAUCCUGGAUAGGCUCCUAUUAAGGAUGUGGUUGUCAAAAGGCCAUUCCAGUUGUGAUGGUAAUACUCAUACCGAACAGGCGUCUUUAUCUAAAGAAAAUAAAUAGCCGAGGUGUGGAAACGCACUCAUGCGUUUCAGACUUACAAUGCUGGAACUUGUUACUCCACUUUGAAUUGACUUGACAGUGUUACGGCAGCUAGUAAGUAACCACAUGCUAGCCUUUUCGAAGUGGGCAGUGUUUUUUGUUGAGUUGUUUUGAUGAGGCAAAUGGUUGGUCGUUUCGAUCAAUGCAAAGAUGGAGGAAAAAAAUCUUUGAGUUAUUGUUCUAGAGAGGGUAAAAGCCGUUUUUCUCAUUUAAAUGAGAACUUUUUUGUUUGAAAAACAAACAUUACGAAACAAAAAAUGCCUGCCACAUCGAAAGAAGUUUGUAUAAAUAUGGCAACGCGAGAAACUUAAGGACCAUGACACCGAAGCGGCCCCUUGCGUCCUGAUCGGGGAUUCAGGGCCACUGCGGUCUCACGUGCAUGUGUUUUGUUUUUUGGUCAAGGAGACAAAAAUACAAAUGAAUUCAGUCGCAGGCUUCACCUUCUUUGAAUCACCAACGUUUUCUCUUUUUUUCAAGCUGCGUUGGAGGCAUUGCUCCUUUUCGUCCCCGCCUCCCCCCCUCCAUACACUUAACCGAGAGGAGGAUGUGGUGUCAGGAUUCGUAUAGUGGAGAGCAAAGCUUAGCUACACCAGGGUGUGGGUGGGGGUGGGGGGAGGAGUGGUAGGGACUGAGAAAUGCUUAAGGGGUAACAGCAGUUCUGGUGAGCUAUGGCUUUUGGUCUCUUGUUUGCCCUCAGCAAGGAGGGGGCGCUUAAUGGUGGCCAAAAAUACCCCAGUGUACAAUCGCCUCCUACUUGUCCAUGUAGUUACCAGCUCCUGUGCAUGGAGCACCCGUGCUUUUUGCACUUUCUGUAGUGCUGGCCGUAAAAUGGCCAGCACCAUUCUCAGUCUCUCUCUUACAGAGAGAGGCUGCGUUAGAGAGGAGGAGAAAACGGGCAUUUAAAAGAAAACUUACUUUUUAAGUGCAAUAGAUUUCUUCUCAAGCGAGUUGUGCCUUGCCAUUUAGUUGUUAUGUUUAUUAUGUUUGUUUUAUUUCAACUGAUGAAGUAAAAUGUGGAUGCACUGACAGUAUUGAGGAAAGGAAAAAUAACCUUUCAACAAUGUUAAUUUAAACAGAAAAAAAUGAAUGGUGCUAUUUAAGUUUAGGUGUUUAGGCCCUUUUGUUAUCCCAUCAAGUUUUACAGACAGACCUUCUUUUAUUGCACAUUUCGUUUUUUAUAUACAAAUGUCUUGAGCGUGUGUCCUCAAGCUUCCAAAACAUUUUUGUGUGUAUGUGUGUGUGAGCGUGAGCGUGGGACGACGCGAAAUAACGCAGCUUGUUUACAAAAAAGGGGAAAGGGUUCUCAACGUUUAACCAGGACUUCUGUGGGACCAGGGAGCCGUAGCAGUGGGGGAAUUUAGCUAUUUGCACACAGAUUUCUAGAUUCUACUUUUGCUGCUAGUUUUGUGUAAUUUAUGAAGCAUUUUUUGAGAAAUAUUUAUUUUUGUAAGCCUCAAAGUGAUUCUUUGAACGUUUCAAGAAACUUGACCAAAAGACCGUACAAAAAACACUGGCACUUGAAUGUUGAAUGUCAACUGUAUGCGUGAGAUAAAAAAAAAACUUAUAUAUUUCGGGGUAGUGUGAGCUUUUUAACGUUUCAGACAUAUUGGACUCCAGUCAGUAUCCACAGCUGUUGAAGGCCUCUCGGCCGUACGUAAUUUAACAACUUAAACAAAUUGGCUCUCGAAAUUUGGAAUGGGGAUUUAAACAAGACCAAUCAGACAUGCCAAGGUUUGGAAUGAUGAUGAUAAUGUCAAACAGAGCGAACAAUUUCCUAACUGCAUCAGUGCAAACGAAAAAAAGUCCAGAUUCUCCAAUUGUGUGCAUUGUUUUCUCACUCCUUUUUUGUUUUAUUUUUUCUUUCUUUUCUUUUCUUAAAGUUGAAAGAAAAUGGAUUUCUUAAUGUUAUUUGGUUUCCAGUGAAUGUCUGGCACAUGGCAAUCUCCAAAACAUGUGGUAUUUUCUCUAUUGCAUUUGCAUAUUACCGUGUUACUGGGUCUGUGAUCUCUCAUGAUGACAUUGAGCGAGCUUCAGUUCUGUCUUAAAGUCUUAAAAUGGUGUGCAUUGGAAAGUGCGGUCAGGUUUGGGUGAUGGUGAAGAAAGAAGGCAAAUGAAGUUGAAGUUAAAACUCUGAAAACAGGCUCGCUCCAUGUCCUGCUGAGAGACACAGCCCAGGACAACUUAGAUUUAGUAUUUGCUUUCUGUAGUAGCAUAGAUGCUAAUGCACUGCAUGAGAGGACUCGGCUGUGCGUUUAUUGUAUGAUUUUACCAAAAUAAAUGGAAAAAAGAGAGUUUGAAAUGCAAAAGUACCUUAACCGUUAAAAAGCAUGUUUUCUUAAAAAAAUGAAAUGAAUAAAUUCAUGUAGCAAGCUGGGGAGGGGCUGAAAAUUAGACCUUGUAGCAGCUGUUAUAAAUGUGGCUGAAAUGUCAAAGUUUGAAAAAAUAAUUGGCUUCAAGUUCUUUCACUGAAAUAGAAUUCGUUUUUAAAAUGAAAGCACUUGUGUAUAUUUCUUUGUCGUCUCGUAUGAUGCAUAAUUUGGCAAUUUUGCAUAAAAGUGAAGGCCAACGUGGAUUACUUUUGGAUUGCAUUAAACAGAUAUUUAGAGCAAACAAAAUG